AUGUGCUUGCUGCAGGUUGUUGUCAGGAAUCCUCAUAUAUCUGGUCGUUCAGUAUCAGAUGCUGUGGAUAACUUCUUUCAGAGGAAUCACCCAAAUCACUAUAUUGGUCACCAGGCUGUCUACAAUGCCAACAAAUUUGCUAAAUUUGUAAGGAGAAGAGAUAGGCUUCAAAAUUGGCUGGAUUAUUACCAGCUUAAGUUUGAAAGGCAUCCUGACAAGAGGCCAACUGUGAAGACAGGAUUCUUUGGGCUUUUGGGUGGAAAAGUUGAUGCUAUUGAGUACUACAAAAAGCUGAUUAAGGAUCUUGAUAAAAAAAUGACAUUGGAGCGCCAGAAAAUUAUAAAAGAUCCAAAAUCUAUUUUACCAGUUGCUUUUCUUUCAUUUGAUUCUCGUUGGGGAGCAGCAGUCUGUGCACAGACACAACAAAAUAAGAAUCCCACACUGUGGUUGACAAAUUGGGCUCCAGAACCUCGUGAUGUGCAUUGGCAAAACUUGGCCAUACCAUUUUUCUCUUUAACCAUUCGAAAAUUCAUAAUAUCCAUGGCAGUGUUUGCCUUGGUAUUCUUCUACAUGAUCCCCAUUGCUUUUGUGCAAUCCCUUGCAAAUUUGGAGGGUCUUGAAAGAGUUGCUCCUUUUCUCAGACCAGUAAUAGAAUUGAAAUUCAUCAAGUCCUUUCUUCAAGGUUUUCUUCCUGGUCUGGCUCUCAAAAUAUUUCUGUAUAUCCUUCCGACAGUUCUGUUGAUCAUGUCAAAAAUCGAGGGGCAUAUUGCAUUGUCAACUCUGGAGCGGAGAGCUGCUGCAAAAUAUUAUUAUUUUAUGCUUGUGAAUGUGUUCUUGGGAAGCAUAGUGACUGGGACUGCAUUUGAGCAAUUGCAUGCCUUCCUUCACCAAUCGCCCACAGAAAUCCCUAGAACUAUUGGAGUUUCCAUUCCCAUGAAGGCUACGUUUUUUAUGACAUACAUCAUGGUUGAUGGCUGGGCUGGAAUUGCUGGUGAGAUUCUCAGAUUGAAGCCAUUGGUUAUAUAUCAUCUCAAGAACAUGUUCUUAGUUAAAACAGAAAGAGACAGAGAGAAGGCAAUGGACCCUGGGAGCGUGGACUUCAAGGAGGCGAUUCCAAGUCUACAGCUAUACUUCCUUCUCGGUAUUGUGUAUGCUGUGGUGACACCAAUCCUCCUUCCUUUCAUACUGGUCUUCUUUGCCCUGGCAUAUUUGGUAUAUCGCCAUCAGAUAAUUAAUGUCUACAAUCAACAAUAUGAAAGUGCUGCUGCAUUUUGGCCACAUGUUCAUAGCCGUAUUAUAGCAAGCUUGCUAAUAUCUCAGCUUCUUCUGUUGGGUCUGCUGAGCACAAAAGAAGCAGCCAAAUCUACACCUUUGCUUGUAAUCUUACCUGUACUAACAUUAGUAUUCCACAAGUAUUGUAAGAAUCGUUUCGAGCCGGCUUUUAGGAAGUAUCCGCUUGAGGAAGCAAUGGCAAAGGAUAUACUGGAGAAAACCGCAGAGCCUAACCUGAACAUCAAGGCAUACCUGGCCGACGCAUACUUGCAUCCGAUCUUCCGGUCAUUCGAGGUAGAGGAAGAAGAGCUUGUUCAAGUCAGAGUAGACAAACAUCAAGCUCAGGGGACCGCUUCCCCAUCAAGUGAGCUCAGUUCUCCUUCCCCUCAACAUGCUCAUCAACCCUCUCCUCCUCACUAUGACUAUACUGCAUCACCGCCACAGGCCUAUUAUUAUCGCCCAUCUUCCCCUCCACAGUAUGUUUAUCACUAUCAAGUUGAACCUUGAAGCUAAUCAAUCUGAAUCUUCUACAUCCGUAAAAGCGAAUGCAUAUCAUUAAAAUGAUGAUAAGAUGAGAUGUUAAGCAUGAAGAUGGGGUCUGAGUUUUAUGUACAGUCACAUUCUUUUGUACUGCUUUCUCUUCAAAUGCAUGGGUGUAGAAGAUUAAAUCUGAAAGCAAACCCAGUCAAUGUUGCAAAGAAUCCUAACUCAUCAUUUCUUAGUUACUGAGAGACUUAGUUGUGUA